AUGAAUCAACAUCAUGUUCUAAGGAAACGACAAGAAGGUCUUCAAGAUAAUUAUACUCCGAUGGAUGAUCAUGAUGCAACAAUGAUGGACUCUUCCCGAUGGGUUCAUGUACUGAGUAUUCAUUUGAAACAGGCUUUAUGGUAUGGGACAUUUGUCCUAAAUGAUCCCUCUCAUCAUCAUCGGAAUAGCCAUGGAAACCGUAUUUAUUACAAAGAUAAUCUCCAUGAUGUUAAAGAAAGGCAACAACAGGUUUCAAAGACGAAUUGUUGCAACAAAAUGAUGAGAAUAGCCUUGAAUUUAAUCGACGAGUGCCAUGAGAGAAUUGUGGAACUCCUUUCCAAGAAGUACACAAUAAUUAAUAAUUUCUUGAUGGAUGGCAAAUUAUUGAAAAGAAAAUUUGGAAAAUUAGUGUUUGAAUUUUAUGCCAUCACCAAGAUGACACCUACAAGAAAAUUAAAUUUACUCAUGAAAUGGUUCUAUUCUUUUACGAAACAAGUACUUACACCAUUGAGGAUAUUGCAUGUUGUGAUUUUGAAUUCCAUUCAUAAUUUUGAAAUGAAGAGAAGUAAAUCUCACGAAGAGACAUUUUUAAUCAUGAGCCCUACUGAGAAGACUUCCCUACUCUUGACCAUUACUCCUUGCAUUGAAAAGAUUUCUAAUCAUGUGCAGGUUCUGCAGACAUGGUGGAGACACCUCUUAUAUUCGUUCAAGCAGUUUAGGAAAUAUUCAUCCUUCUUGGAGAGAAUUCAAUUGAUACUCUCCUUUAAGAUAGUGAGCACUUUGCUACAACAACACAAACAAUGCAACCCAUAUUUGAAAUAUUUAAUUUCUGUGUGUGAGAAUAAUCCUGAUCACUAUUGGACCAUUAAAAAUUUGGAAGAGACAAAUGAUGCCAAUGAUAUUACAGACAGAUUCAUUCAACAGUUUAUCAAAUUCUCGAAAGUUUAUAGAGCCAGUCAUAUUUCUAUACAUGUUGCCCAAAAGUUAGUGAAGGAGCUUUUUCAACACCUGCACGAUCAAUCAAAGGAGAAUGAAACGGAGAAUGGCCAUUCGGUUUAUAAUUAUUUCAAUCUGUGCCUAAAUUCCAUUCGAUCCGUUGCAUACAACUGCAAAAAUCAUUUUCUGAACAGAAUACACCCAACAAAUGACGAACAAGCUCUAAAAGAUCGAUUUCAUAAGUCAUAUUUAUACAGUUCAUAUACCGUAUGGAAGAAAAUCAGUCAAAUUCAAAAUUCAUUCAGUGACGAUUUGUAUUCUCAUCCAUUUUGGAAUGAUAUUUCUUCGCACUUUGGGACUAUACUGCUCUAUAGCGGCACUCCUCUCAUUUUGUGCUUAGCACUGGAAUUUUUGAUCUUUAAAUCUGUGAUCUCGAGUUGCAAUAAUUUGCAUGAUUCAAUAACGCACCAAGGGAACAUUUACGACAUAGUUGAAGGAUGCCUCACAUUUUCGAUGGAAAUUAUUGCUUGGCUAAAUCAAGAAAUGAAUGCCACCCAUGAAACUGAUGUUACCACCAAUGAUGUCAUUGUUGACAAAAUACGAAAUUUAAUUGGUCAUUUCCUACAAUUAGAUUAUGCGAAAAUUUACAAUUCUAUUCUGGAUUUACUUUUGCACCACACAUUCGCCGCCUAUUUUCUCAUUCAAAAAUUUGAGGGCCAUGGAAGGAGAGUGCUUUUCAAACAAACCAUUCUCGAAAACUUCCCACUGAAACACUUGUCUGAUUUUCUUAAUGGAAGCACAGAAAGAGGACAUCAUUAUCGCAAACAAAUGGAUGAACUCAGACACACGUUAAACCAUGUCACGAAUCAUCACAAAAAUGAGCAACAUUUACUUUCUACCUUAAUGUUUAUUGCCAAAUCAUUCAGAAGCUGUUCAUCGGACCAUCCACUUGCUGUGUGUUUCUUUUCAAUAUUGAGUUCCCCUCUUCAGAAAUAUCUGGAAACGAACAGCGAACAACGAGGCUUGAUAUCUCUUUGUGAAAUUAUUUCCUCCAAUGUUUUGGAGUAA